AUGGUCGAACCCAAAUUCCUCCUCGGCCCGCCUCAGCAGGCCCUGGAACUCGGGUCGGGUCAGGUAAGAGAUGGGCACAAUGUACCGGGUCCGGUUCUCGCCCACAUAGACCGGGAAAUGGCCCCUUGGCACGUCCGUCGGCAGCCCACCGUCGCCGCCGCCGUAGCUUCCGUCGUCGCACACGCUUUGAAGAGGAAAAUGGAGGUCUUUUUCAAAAACCAUAAUGACGAGUAUUUGGCCGUGGUUGAAAGGAUUGCAAACGAAUCGAACGGCUCUAGAACGUUCGAGUCGAGCUCGAUAUAUAAUUUGUACUUGAGUUCUUGA